AAGUAAUGCAAGGUAGAUUCUAUUUGCACAUCCAAAAAUAACAGUUAUAUUUAUUCUCCAAUAAAAUCAGCUCCAUCUGACAUACAAAACUAGCUGCUGCCUACAGACAUGCAUUUAACAGAAAUUAACAUUGCAUUAAUACUAGUAUUCUGUGGUGGCAUGUAAGAUUCUAUCAAUUGUUGGAUAUACAGUAUGUAGCUGCCAUAUUAGGAACAUCUAGUAUUUUGAAUAUGCACUUCAGUUUAGAGUUAAUGACAUACGUGUUCUAACCAUUUACUAAUAAUAGCUCAGUGUCAUAUUGGUAAUGAAGGGGUACCUGGGCAAUCUUAGGUAAUGCUUUGUAACUAUUUUAUUAUGCAAUUUUAUAAAAUUUACAAUUAUGUUAGAGCUUCAAUCACCAAACCCUCAUCCCAUCAGAAUUUGGUACUUCAAUAGCUUUUAGCCUCCUGAUUGCUGCAAAAAUAUGAAAACUCAACCUUUUGUCAGCCCUUCAAGGUAGAUCAGACUAUGAAUCCAAUGUCAUAUAGGUCAAUACUACUGGAUAUUGUAAAGCUGCAGUAAAAGAAUUUUGCGAGUCUGAAUGCACUUCCCCCUUCCCUCCUUUUAUCUUCUUGAGAACUAGAGAGGGUCUUGUCUGAAACGUUUAGUCAGACUACAUUCCUGCCCUAGACUGCAUUCUCUUUUAUCUGAUGUUGUUUUGAGAGUGGCUCUUCCUCCUGUCCCUCAAAGCCAUUCCUUCUUUCUUCUCUUUUUACUUCUCAUCCAGGCUUAUAAUACUAAGCUUGUCCAUUUGACAAUAGCAGAAGAAUUAUAGACAGUAAAAACAGCUGGGUUAAACAGCAAUUCUAAUCAUAUUGAACCCCAAAUGCUUUCAAAUAAUGGAUUCUUCUUUUGAAAACACUUUCUAUUUGCUAUGGAACUCGACAUGUUGUUUCAAUCUAAAUGUAUGAGGGCUAAUGUUAUUUAGUAACGUGGGCUACUAAAUAAUAGCAUUCAAUAAAAGCCACAAGCUUGACGCUUUCUGAUCAUGAGUUGUAGUUAGUACUCUCUGGGAUAUAGUCACUGCUUACUGUUUCCACGGAAAUGGUUAGAUUGUGACAUAUUUACACAGUAAUGAUGUCAUAAACAGCAUGCUGAAAUACAGCUAAAGCAUCAGGAGUUUGCUCCUUAAUGCAAACUUCUGGCCAGGGCUUGCAAGACCAAUUUUUUUUUCUGACGGGUGCCCUUUUUGAAAGGCUGUGCUCGUAAGUGAAUAUGGUUUAACGCUUUCUAAUGGCAACGCUCUGUCACGCUUUGGACGCUGUGAGGCGAGAUUUAAGGCGGACCGACAGAGAAAUAAAAAGGCGUAUAAGACUUAUAGACAUGCACUGCUGCCCUAAAUUCUGUGAUGUGCACACCCACUGCCUCUGUGAUAUAAGUCUCCAUCCCCACUGUUGCUGCCUUCUUCAUCCUUACCCCCAUUGCCUGUGUGAUAUACUAUGCUGUCGUCCCUGUCGGCCGCCCUGCCUCACAGCCUUGGAGCGGAAAGCUAUUAGAGCAAAAGUAGAAGCGGAGCAUGAACUGGCCAGGAUUCGAAGAAGGGUUGCUAAAAUGCUGGAAUCAUGUAGUCGCCCAAAGCUUUUAGCUUUAAUGGAUGUUAAGGGUUUUGACCCAGAGGACAUUACAGUGAAAGUGCAAGACGGGAAGGUUAAAGUUUCUGCUGAACAUGAAGAAGAAUUUAAGACUUGUAGAGGGAAGGAGUACAACUAUUCAACUGUCACCAAGGAGAUCUGUUUACCACCAGGAAUAUGUGAGAAUGAAGUAACUUACAGCAUAGGACCAACCAGUCUUGUGAGGAUAGAGUCACCAGGCUGCUGCAUGCCUCCUUGUCUCCUUAGUCUUCUUUGAACACUCUGGACAACCAGCUCUGGUAGCUGUAUAGUGUAAGGAUGGGACACCACUGCGACCGCAGGGAAACAGCGUUUUUUCAGCAUUGCCCUUUCAUCAUGUGUUAGGAAAUGUGUAAACUUCUUCCAACAAUGACAGUGUUGCACACCAGUUGGUUUGACUGU